GGUACCGCCAUUUCUGAGGGUCUUAUUGGUUUUACUCUGUCAGCGCCAAUGACGAGCUCAAGUCCGUGGCACGGCGGUGAGCGGCGUUAUUCUAGCUCCAGCGGUGAGCGGCGGAAUUCUAGUUCUGUCAGUGAGAGGCGGAACCCCAGCUCCCGUUGUAGUCGAUCGCCUUACCUUUCUUACUUGCCCAGUCCCGAUGUGUCCGCUGGUAUGGAAUCCCGUUCCCGACUUAAUCCGGUGAAAUCCGCUGCACGGUCCGUCGCCGGAGCUUUCAUUACUUGCUUUACACCGCCGGAGAAGGAAACUUCGCCGGGUUUUGGUAUUGGUAGCGAAUUUCGUCAUUCUUUAGAUGCUUCCAGUCAUAAUAGCAAAAGAAAUCAAGGAUCUAGGCGAGAAACCCACUUCAGUUCAAAUCUAGCUGCCCAUGAUCGAGAGCCUGGAUCUUUAAGGAUCAGCAUAGAAGAAAUCCGCAAGGCUACAAAGAACUUCUCUGCAUCUUCAAAAAUUGGUCAAGGGGGUUUUGGGGCUGUCUAUAAGGGGAAACUUGAUGGAGUUCUUGUGGCAAUAAAACGUGCCAAGAAGAGUGUAUAUGAUAAUAAUUUGGGCGUGGAGUUCAAAAGCGAGAUCCAAACACUUGCACAAGUAGAACAUUUAAAUCUGGUUAAGUUCUAUGGUUAUCUGGAACAUGAAGAUGAAAGAAUCGUCAUUGUUGAGUAUGUGCCGAAUGGGACACUCAGAGAGCACUUAGAAUGCAUCCAUGGCACUACUCUUGACCUUGCUACAAGGCUCGCCAUUGCAACCGAUGUGGCUCAUGCAAUAACGUAUCUUCAUAUGUAUACAGAUCGUCCCAUCAUUCAUAGAGACAUAAAGUCUUCCAACAUUCUCUUGACCGAGAAUUAUAGAGCCAAAGUUGCGGACUUUGGUUUUGCAAGACUUGCAGCAGACGGCGAUGCGACCCAUGUGUCCACUCAAGUCAAAGGAACUGCUGGCUACUUGGACCCAGAAUAUCUCAAAACUUACCAACUGACUGAAAAGAGUGAUAUCUAUUCAUUUGGUGUUUUGUUGGUUGAAUUAGUCACAGGCAGGCGCCCCAUAGAACCCAAACGAGAACUUGACCAGCGGAUCACUCCAAAAUGGGCCAUGAAGAAGUUUUGUGAAGGAGAGGCCAGCACAAUUUUGGACCCAAAUCUAGAGCAAACAGCUGCAAAUCAUUCAGCAGUGGAAAAGAUUCUGGAGUUGGCCUUACAAUGCUUGGCUCCCCGGAGGCAUAGUCGGCCGAGCAUGAGGAGAUGUGCAGAGAUACUUUGGAGCAUACGCAAGGACCACAGAGAUCUCACAGCUCCUGAUCUCCGUUCAUUCUCUACAAACUCACAAAGGAGUGCCUCGGUAAGAGAAAAAUGAAACUCAAAUCUUGGUUCAUAAUCAUGAUAAAUUUGGAAUUCUUGAUCCUAUGAAGAACAAAGCUCUCUUAGAAUCUCUAUUCCACGAAGCAAGCAGAUUCCCAGAACGUAUGUUUCUCUUCUUAUGUUCAUUGGUGAGAUUAUAUUCGUUUGAUUUAGGCUGCUAAUAAUACUCUCUUUUGCUUGUAAAUUUGUGUAUUUAGCUAUCUCAAGGAUGAUUGAUUGGUUUCUGUUCUGACUUUGUUCAUCAUUUGUGACUGAAUAGUUAAUAAAUUGAUUAGGAAAUGGAGAAACUUCUGCCCAA